UUCAUAUCUAAGGGAUUGUUUUAGUUCACUUGUUUUCUGUUACGUAUACAACAACAAAAAAGGCUAUAUAAGGCAGCAUCUCGGCUUUCCUUUUAACCAGAGUCAACCUCCUCCUUUCUCUUCAGCUUUCAUUACCUUCUUACUGAACUCCUUUCAACAAAUCAGUCUAUUUCAGAACAUUUCAAUUCACCUUCACAAUCAGAAACUUUGGUUGUCUGGUGAUUGUUAAACGAAUUAGACAUUUGUUAAAGGAAUUCGUCUAUCUUUUUCAGCCAGUUCUGCCCAAACUCGGCUGUAACUUUUGUCAUUACCCCAUAUCAUAUUGAUUCCAAUCCUCCGGAACCAAUACAAGAAGCAUUCAUAUACCCUUUACUUUCAUUAUUAGGAAAAACUAUUUUUUUGAGAAUUUCAUUUAGCACCUUUAAAAAACUAACACAAUGAACGUCUUGACUCCUAUUGCUGAUGGUAUUCCCAAUGGAUUCGCUAAAAGAGACCAUCCUCUACAACCCAAGGCAAUUUCCGUCUCUGAUCAACCUAUCCAAACUAACAAGUUCUAUGGUAACCUUUUUUUGGAAGACCAAAAGUUUCCAAGUUUCCCCCAACCAUAUUCAGUGACAUGGAGGAACAAGGAUGAUGGCUUCUCUGGUCUAGGCAUCAGUCAUACAGAAGCCAGCCAGUAUGCAUAUGGACCUGAUCCUAGUAAAACUCCGUGUGAGUUCUAUAUCAAUCCCUUAGGAUUAUUCUCGUUGAUUAUUUCUGCGAAUGAGUUUUCUAACGGAAACAAACUUUCCGCGAGUAAUCCUCGUCAUUUUUCCGUUCUAGUUACUCUGGAACCUUCCUUUUUAUCUGAUGGAAACAUCACGAUUCCUAUCGUUACUGGAAGUGCAUUCAUCAGCGCCAUUUACAAGAAUUUGACCCCAGUCUUCAAUUCGUCCAUUAUGGUAAAGUCGCUUGAUAAGAGUGACUACAGUGGUGGCUCUAAGUACAAGGUCACGUUGGAGGAUAACAAGGUUUGGCUCAUUUAUGCCUUCCCUUCCGACUCUAGCUCUUUUGAUCUAAAAACAGACAGUAACCGUAAGUUAGUUGCAUCCUCCAAAUUUAACGGACUUGUCCAAAUUUGCAAGAUUCCCAGUUCUAGUGUCGAUGACGGCACAGGUGACAAAACUUUUGACAAGUAUGCUGGCGUCUAUGCAACCGGCAUCACUUUAAGUGCUAAUGUUUCUGACACAACUGGUGAGUACUGGUUUACUUUUGAUAAAGCUGGUGACAAAUCUAAGAGUCCACUAAUGUAUGCUCUCCCUCACCAUCAAAGUACUUUUGGCUCUGAUACCCAGGGAUCAAAGACGGGUAUGGCUUUACAGAGCACUGUUAAGGGCACUAUGAUUGCUUAUGGAGCAGAUAAAUGGCAUUUAGUGGAAGAAAAUCUCCCCAAGGAUGUAUGGUUUGUCCCUUACCCUUGGAAUGGGGGAAAUCAAAACAAUUCUCGAGAAGUAUUAGAUAUUAUCCGUUCUGCUUGUGGGAAAGACGUGGAUUUUGAUGUCGUGACUGCAACAGAUACAAAUAGUAUGUAUGCGUCUGGUAAAAUCCUCGCUAAAUAUGCUCAAAUUGCUUUGGUGGCAGCCAAAGUCUUGCAUAUAGAUGAGUACAUGAAGACUAGUAUUGAAAAAUUGAAGCAAGCCCUCCACAGAUUUAUUGAUAACAAGCAACAGUUCGCUCUUAAUUACGAUAACACCUACAAAGGUAUCAUUAGUACCGCAGGUCUUGAGGAUCCCCUUGCCGACUACGGUAAUACUUAUUACAAUGACCAUCAUUUCCAUUAUGGUUAUCAUAUCUAUGCAAUGGCUAUUGCUGGCUUAUUAGAUCCAGAUUGGGUUGCGGAUCCCCAAAACGAGUUUGUUAAUGCUUUGAUGCGUGAUGUAGCAAAUCCUGUAGAAGAUGAUAACAACUUUCCUUUUUUCCGAUCCUUUGACUGGUUUAGUGGUCAUUCUUGGUCUAAAGGUUUGUUCGCAAGUGGUGAUGGUAAAGAUGAAGAAUCAACAUCUGAAGAUUACAACUUUUACUACGCUAUGAAACUUUGGGGAGCGGUUAGAAAGGAUGAAAACAUGAUUAACCGUGCAAAUUUGAUGCUGGGAGUAAUCAGAACGAGCAUGAAUGAUUAUAUCUAUAUAACUCCCGAGAACAAUAUUCAGCCAGAAAAAAUACGUGGCAAUUACUGUGCAGGAAUCACUUUUAUGAACAAGGUUGACUAUACCACCUAUUUCGGUACUGAUGAGUACUUGAAGCAAGGAAUCCAUAUGAUCCCAAUCACUCCUAUCAGUGGUUACGUUCGUACUCCUUCUUAUGUAAAGUCAAGCUGGGAUGCUAAACUUGCUCCAAUUAUCAACAGUUUUUCGAACAAUUGGACUGGUAUCCUUUAUUCAAAUUUAGCUAUUACCGACCCCACCGCUGCAUGGAACGAGUUUGUUUCUCCCAAUUUUGAGGACUCUAAUGUUGACGAAGGUGCUUCAAGAACUUGGUACUUGACAUUAGCAGCCUGGAUGGGUGCCUUGCCUUAAAUGCUAUAUGUGAUAAUAUGUUUGGCAUAUAUGAAAGAAAGUAAUGAAAGAAACGACAGUUAUGAACAGGCAGGCUUAGCAAUCUCUUUACAGAGAGUGCUUUUACGACAAACCUUUAGAAGUUAGUCUAAAAUAAAUUUACAGGCUACUUGCUACGGCAAACGUAGUGCUUUUACGAGUGCAUUGAGGAAGUAAAAUUGAUUACAACUUUAAUUGCAUUCCUCUACAUUUUUUUGUGAAAUUUAAAAUAUAUAUAUAUAUAUUAACAACAUUAUUACCAGGUACUUCAGAGAAAGUUUAGAAGGACAUUGCUAGUUGGAAUAGGCGAGGUUAGGAAGAUACUGCCCUACACAUAAACGUAAAUCAAAAGUGGUUUUAAAGUGAGAAAAGAGUACCAGAGACUUGUUUAAAAGAAGAGAGAAAAAAAGAAAUAUUUUACAGCUUUUCAAAUAUACGAAUGAGUAGAAAUCUUGCUAAUCUUGGUAAGAAGGAGGUCGAAUUAACAUUCUUUUCCCUCUUUUUAGUUCUGGAGACGUUACUCUGUGUUUAAAAAGCAUCAAGGUUCAUAGAGCAAGUAAAAAGGGCUUGUUCACAACAGUGUUCUUUGGGAAAUUCCUAGCUAGAAAUAGCAUAGCCCUUCCAUACUGUCAAGAUGGCUUCAAUUGUUUAUUGGAAAUAUCUAAUGAUGUUCUAAUAAGUCUCUCUUCAGAUAUAUAGCGAGUUAUGUCGCCUUUAGGAGGGCAUCUAUCCAUUUUGUAGACAUGUUAUUCAUAAUGAGUUAUCAAAGAUCAUCAUUCAAUGUAUAUGUUAUUCAUUGAGCGUUCCUAUUCAACCUCAAGACCCA